AAGACCACCGCGAACACAACCGUAUCGCCUCAAAACGCAGCGUAUUAAUGGCCUCUUCGGAGCCACUCGACCUGGUUGUUACCGUCGUCUCUGCCAAGCACCUGAAGAAUGUCAACUGGCGUAACGGUGACCUGAAACCCUACGUUGUUCUGUAUCUUGACCAAGACCACCCUCUCUCCACCCGCUCCGAUGAUUCCGCCUCCAUCAAACCGGUGUGGAACGAGCGGAUUACUCUUCCUCUCACCCGAUCCGUCCACGAAUCUGUCCUCAACAUCGAGAUUUUUCAUUCCAAUUCCUCGGAUCUGGCGAAAACCCUCGUCGGAUCGGUUAGGUUUCCUCUAGCUCGCUUGAUUGACUCGGACGGAGCGAUGAUCCCCGAAUUGAUCAACUCGCUCGAGCUGGUUCGUCCAUCGGGUCGGCCACAGGGGAAGAUUCGCUUGAAACUCGCGAUCAAAGAGAGACCAAUCCCUCCACCGCAGCAUCCUCCGCCACGUCCUCAAUCUCAUCCACUAGAUUACUAUUCUGCCCCUCAAGGAAACCAUUAUUACUCUCCUACCCCUCCUCCUCCUCAAGCUCCGAUCACCUCUCCGUCUCCUCAGCGUGACUACAGAGAAUUCUCACAGUCACCGUCUCCGUCUCCUUACGCAUUCACUGAUCAUUACUAUUCCGGGUAUUAUUAUCCGCCUCCUCCUCCACGUUCAAUGUACGAUCGUGCCUCCAAUUACGGCCUCCCAAGUGGCCCAUCUGCUCCCGUCGAUGCCUUCUCAUCGAUUGAUCACAAACAGCCUCCUUUAGCUCCUCCUCGGUUUUCCAAUUACGGUCCACCGCCUAGUGGGCCAUCAGCUCCCGUUGAUGCCUUUCCGGGUAACGAGUACAAGCCACAGGCUCCUCCUAUGGGCUCACGAUUGUCUAGCUACGGAGUGCCUAAUGGUCCAUCGGCGCCAGUGGAUUACUCUCCUUAUGAUCACAGGCAGUUGCAGAAGACCAUGGGUGGAUUGAGCUUGGAAGAAGACAGAGCUGCUGCAGAGAGGUCUGAGAGUGACUUCGGAGCUAGGCCAAACUACAGCUAUGGCCGCGAUUAUCGCCGUGAAUGUUGAGGAUGGAAAAAGUUGUUGACUUUCAUAAGUGUGUGGCCUUUAUAAGGCUUUACUUAUCAUCAGAUUUACCAUCCAUGUUGGCGUUUAUAGAUCACCAAGAAAUGGCUGGUGAAAAAAAUAUGAAUUUGGUGAAGUAUAUCUUUAUGUCUAUAUGUAUUUCUCGUUUGUGAAUUGAUUUGCUUCUUUCUAGCUGCUAUUCUGUUUAUGUAUGUGUACCUUUGUACAUGUUUCUAAAACAUCUCUAAUUUCUUUCCUUCUUUCAACUUCUUGAAUCAGGCUAUUAUUGGGUUCUUAGGGUUAAAUAUUCUAAUGUGAAUCCCUUCUCUGUUGAUUUGUUGUUUGAACCAUGCUCUGAUUAGGUAUGGUAGUAUGCUCUGUCUCAGACAUGAACAGUCCUAUAUCCUGCAAUUCUGCCGAAUAUUUUUGCAGGCUGGUUAAAGACUUUGGAUCUUAUCCCUGUUUCAUGUAACCACUGUGUGAUUUUUAUUUUCUUACUCUUUCUGUACAUCUAUCGACUAAAUAAGUAGCUAAAUGUCUGAAAUAUCUUUUUUGUGAGUUCUAAUAUUGGAACCAGUGAUCUCCAUCUCUCAGAGUAAUAAUUCAUUGAGGGAUAUAGUUGGAUUAAUGUGUCUUGAAUCAUGCUCAUCACAGUAGAGAAAAGAUGUCCUAUCUGACGUUUUGGGUAAGAUGUAAUGAAUGUAUACGGUUGGUGCUAAAUGUAUUGUGCUCUUGUUUUGACGAUGAGACAGAGCAGUUUUGCUAUUGCAUUCUUUUCCCUUUUGGCAUUUUUGUAACCUGCUAUAUAUGUCAGUCAAUCUCAUGCCAUUUGCAUGACUUAUCAUGCAGGAAUUAUUGUUCUGAUCUCAAUGGAAUGUUUUCACAUGUAAAAUCACUCUACAUUCUCCAGAUUCUGUGAUCUUCUAUUUAUGUCCUGACACUCCCUGGUUU